UUAAGGAAGAGUCAUUCGGUGUGAUACCCACCCACUCCUGGCUUGUGCUCGUUGUCAGACCCCGAGCUUCUCCUCAGUGAGGACGCAACUGGGAUAAACGCUAGGAAGAUGACGUGUUCAUAUUCAAUCUAGCAGAAUAAUUUAAAUCAAACUACAAAGUAACAAACAAUAAACGUUAUGAAACCUUAUCAAAAAGUGAAUACUCUCACGUAUACUUAUAAGUGUUUUUGCUGUUAUAUAUUAUAUUAUAUACAUUAUUUUACAUGUUAUUAGACACGUAACACCUAGUAGAGUAAUAUUUUUAUCGUCAAAGGUUUGUCAAAGAAGCAGUAACGUAAGAGAGAAGUAGGAAGUAAAUCAGCCCGCAUAAAAUAUAAUAGAUAUUAUAUAUAUAUUAACAGCAUAUAUAUAUAAUAGUAGGUAUAUAUAUAUAUAUAUAUAUAUACAGUCACGUCUAUAUCCCUUGCGGGGUAGACAGAGCGAACAGACUAAUAGGCCACGUUCAGGUUUUGGCUUGAUAAUUGAAUUACAUGCAUAUAUUGAAGCCCUACAACUACAUAUAAACUCUGUCUCCUUUUAUCCUCAUCAAGAAUUAAAACAAUAAUAUAAACAGUAACGUUAAAUCAACUAAGUACUUAUCAGUAUUAUGCUAGUACUCAGUUUAGCAGUCGUGUCACAGCUGUGUUUAAUCUAAUACGUGUGCUGUGUUUAAUAAAAUGUUCAUAGAAGCACUUAUAUGUAUCAUCAUAUCAAUGGUAUCAACGGAAUGUUUCCUAAUCGCCACCACUACAGGGCUCGUGAGAGGGAAACUCAAUAAUGACUACAAUUUAUCUUACUUUUCAUAUCAAGGUAUUCCAUAUGCUGAAAAUCCUACAGGCGAACUGCGAUUUAAGAAAAUACGUAAUGACUGAAAUGAUGUUGAUGUUAUACAAACAUCAUAAUGGGUUUGAGACGUAGACGUAAAAAGAACAAAAUUAUUUUAAAAUUUAUGCAGGCCCCUAUUCCCAAAAAACCUUGGACCAACAUUCUGGACGCUACGAAACCAGGCCCAGUCUGUCCCCAACCAGAAGGAAACUAUAACAGAUUACAAAUGUCCGAAGACUGCUUAGUAUUAAAUAUUUAUGUUCCCGCAAAUACAACAGGAAAAUUACUACCAGUUUUCACAUUUGUCCAUGGUGGCGGGUAUAAGAUGCUAUCCGGGGACACUGACAUACUGUAUGGACCACAAUUUUAUCUGAAAUGCGAUCUCAUUUUCGUGUCUAUGAAUUACAGUUUGCUUUAUAAAUGUUUUAGAUUAGGAGCUCUAGGGUUUUUUUCCCUAGAGAACGACCAAUUUCCAGGUAACGCGGGAUUAAAAGACGUUCUACUGGCGUUAAAAUGGAUCAGAGUAAACAUAGAUAGAUUUGGAGGUGACAACAGUAUGAUGACAAUAGGAGGAAGCAGUUCCGGCUCGUCCAUGUCACAUUACUUAAUGUUGACAAAUAAAGCCAAAGGACUUUUCAAUCGGGCCUUUCUUGCAAGUGGAAGUGCUAUCAGUUUUAGAUUUGUACAGAAGAAACCUAGAGAUAACGCGUUGGCAUUGGCUGAUAAACUAGGAUUGACAAUAGAAGAUAGUGAAAACUUUACCCAAACAAUUUCCAAAAUUGACGUUUCUGAUAUAGUGGACGCCCAGGAGAAUAUUUUCAAAGAUAAAAGAAGUGAGAUGAGACCGUUUGGUCCGUUUGUUCCCUCGGUCGAACCCGUAUUGCCAGAAGCAGUUAUCACGAAACAUCCUUUGGAUAUAUUAAGAUUUGGCACGCCAAAUCCAGUUCCAGUGUUGGUGGGAUUCAACUCAUUAGAGGGCGUAUAUUAUUGGGCUACUUUAAAGAAAAAUGAGACAUUGGUCAAAAACUUACCAAAACUGUUUCCAGAUUGUAUACCGCCCGAUUUGGAGUGUCCAAAGAAGUCGGAAUAUUACCAAAAAUUGGUUGAUUAUAUCAGUGAUUUUUAUUUCGGGGGUACUGAUUUAAACAACUUUACCCGACACAAUUUCCUAGAGCUGCUCUCUGAUACCCAAUAUACAUACAAUGUCGACCACUGGAUAAAAAUAUAUAAAGAUCAAAACCCGAAUAACGUAUUGUAUUAUUACUUGUUCGACUUUGAUGGCGACCUGAAUUGGGCCAAACUGAACUACCACGUGACGGAGGUGGCGGGCACGGCGCACUCCGAUGACUUGGGUUACCAGUUCAUCACGAGAACAACAAAGCCCUUGCUAAAUGACAUCGAUUCACGAUCGCGUCGAAUGAUGGACCUAAUGAUGACUCUAUUCACUAAUUUCAUGAAAUAUGGAAAUCCAACACCAGACUGCUAUGAAGGAACCAAAUGGCCACAGUACAAUACACAAGAGAAGUACAUGGUGCUCACUGACGAGCCUAGGGUCGGGGAACGCGGGCCGAACGCGAAUAGGAUGGAAUUCUGGCGCAACGUCUAUCAAGAGUUUCAAGAAGUUUGUGUCAAUUUGGGAGGACCAGUGAAAGACAAUAACCUUAUAUAAGAAACAGAUAUAGAAUGACAGAGCUAAGACACCCAGAUAGCAUCAUUUCCUUGCUCUGUGGAACUGGCGUGGCGAAAAAUUUUUGUUUUAAUAUAAAUUAAACACAUAUUACUUAAUGAAACAUUUAUUUUAAACAAUCAUCUCUUUUCAAAAAUUAGGAAAUUAACAUUCAGUGUUAAUAGUGUAUCUCAUACAUAAGCUAUGAUUUAGAUCUUGAAUUUAGCAUGCUGAAUACGAUCAGAAUUUCAUGACUAAUUAUCUGACAGAAAAUGGAAUUUGAAACCUAAUACUUCUCCAA